AUGUCAUUCUCUGUACACGCCUGUCGUCGUCCGUCCUCUUCACACGUCUGCCUGGUGCGCCGGCCUCCCUGCGGCCCUCGGCCUUCCUGCAGCCCUGCCCCGCCUGCUGGCCGCCGCGUGGGUGUCGGGCUGGCGGUGAGCAGAGGGGCGCGGCUCGGCCCUCCCCCCUCAACCCGCGCACCCUGUCUCGGGAAUGACCCGGGCCGCGGCGCAGCGGUGGUGAGGCCCCGGAGCCGCGCCGCCGCCGACGGGGGCUCGAGCCAGCCGAGGCGGAGCGGCGCGCCCCCCGCGAAGCCCCAGCCCCAGCCGAGUGCAGUGGCAUCCGAGCGGGAACUGGAGCCGGAGCGGGAGCAGGAGCCGGGGACAGAGCGGGAACCGGAGCUGGAGCCGAAGCUGGAGCCGGCACUGCGGCGCACGGAGCGGAGCGCGGCAGCCAAGCCGAUAGCACGAUACAACCGUACCAGCUACUUCUACCCGACAUUCUCAGAGAGCUCAGAGCACAGUCAUCUGCUCGUGUCUCCUGUGUUGGUGGCAAGUGCCGUCAUAGGUGUGGUCAUCAUCCUCUCCUGCAUCACCAUCAUUGUGGGCAGCAUCCGCAGGGACAGACAGGCCCGGCUCCAGCAGCACCGCCACCGCCACCGGCACCGCCACCACCACCACCACCGGCGGCGGCACCGACACCGAGAAUACGAGCACGGCUACGUGUCUGACGGACACACGUCCAGCCACUCAAGCCAUAGGAUGCGCUAUGCCUGUAGCACUACAGAGGACUGGCCCCCACCCUUGGACAUCAGCUCUGACGGGGACAUGGAUGCCACGGUGCUCCGAGAACUGUACCCAGAUUCUCCACCAGGCUACGAGGAGUGCAUGGGGCCGGGGGCCACUCAGCUAUAUGUCCCCACGGAUGCACCGCCACCUUACUCGCUGACAGACUCCUGCCCCACACUGGGUGGCACCCCAGACUCGGGCAGUGGCCACAGCCUCCACGAACACCAGCAGGAGCAAAGGACACCUGGCCAGCGUGGCAUCCGCACCAUCUCCAUGGACACCCUGCCCCCUUAUGAGGCUGUGUGUGGGGCCGGCCCGCCAUCGGGCCUGCUGCCACUGCCUGGACCAGGACCAGGGCUGAGGGGCUCACAGGGUUCACCUGCCCCAACCCAGCCCCCUGCCUCUGGCCCAGAGAGGAUUGUGUGAGUGACCCAGCCGGCCAGGGCCUGCAGGUCCCUCUGGGCUGAACCACAUCCUUCAGGCACACAUAGGCGCAAAUACACACACAAAAAGACAUAUGCACACACAGAUGAGACUUGUACACACACAGACAUAUACACUCACAUACCCAUGUGCACACACAGACCUAGACAUGCCCCACACAUGUGUAGACAUGUGCACACACAGACCCACCAUGCCCACACAAAACCCACCUGCAACUUCCUGCCUCCUGCUCCCCGGCCUGUUGGUUGUGCCUGUGUAGACAGCUCUGGGGGAAGACAGGUGAAGUAAGAAAUGGGGUUUUUUCUGCCUUCUUCCCAGGCCUUUCUGCUCCUACCCUCACCUGGCAGUCUGGGCCCAAACUCUGAUUCUGCCUCCAGAAACUGCUUGACCUUCGCAGGUCAGCUGCCUGCCCUGACCCCUGCCCCAGGGCUGGCUUGUCCUCCUGGGAGGUGAGACAGGCCCCAGUGAGCGUCCACUGUGUGCUGUGCCUAUCUCUCAAUUCCAGGGCAGAAGAGCUACAACAUCACCACCCUACCACUUACAGGAUUGGGGACACAGGUCUGGGAGUUUGCGUACAAGCUGGAGCCCCUUACAGCCCACCAGGCACCCUCCCUAACCCAGCACCCUCAGUCUGGUGGUGCUAGUGGAGUUAUCUCAGACGCUGCAGGGGAGGACCAGGGCUCUGGGGCAGCAGGUACCACAUGGUGGCUGUGGCCAUGGGUUACAGCUGUUCCCUAUUCAGUCCAACCCACUGCCCAGAACUGAGAGUCUUCAAAAAAGAUGAGGCCAUUGCCUUUUUUCAGGUGGCCUCACCACAAUGCUGCCUGGACACUGCACUAAGGCACAGAAGUGGCCUCUCGCUCAGCCUCUGCCCAGCCGACCACUGUGGCCUGAGCAGGAAUGGCCUGGAGCCAGACUCCAAGGCUGGCCUUGUCCUCCUGGGUGGCAGCUCAUAGUUGGGAAUGGUGAAUGGACGUGCUCUGGCCUUACCCCUCCAGGGUGUCUGCAGAGACAAAAUAAAGGGGAUAUGAGCCCCAUAAAUACCACCAGGCCACCACAACAUGUCCCCACCACGCUGCCAGUGUCCUGCCUCAGAAGGGCCUUUGUGGGGUCAGCCUGGAACGGAAAGGCUCAGAUCUUGGCCCUGGAGCCCCAACAAUUUCCAUCAAAGACCACACGGGUAACAGAAGUGAUUUCUGAAGACCCAGCCUGCCACGGUGGCAGCCGUGAAUCUGUGAGGAGUGUCCCGCCAGCAUCGCCAGCAGCCAUCACCCUGCCCUUAAACAACAGCACCUCAUCGUCCUCUUCCCCACAUUUCAGCUCCUCCAAUGAAGGGCUAAGACGAUUCAGUAAUCCCUUUCUUAAACAGAGGGGUGGCAAGGAUGAAUUUUAUUUUCUGGAGAAACAGCUUUUCUUCUGGUACGGAGCUGGAAGGACUCCACCCAGGGGUUCUGUAGCAUCCUGCGGGCACAUCCUGAAGCUCCAGACUCCGCCUGGGGGAGGGACCCUGUUUACACAGUCUGUCCACCUUUGCGGUGUACCUUUUUCUAGGCAAAAAAUAUCUGUCUGUUGUACCGUAUAGCCUUUUAAAUGCACUCCAGAGACUCUUAAAAAAUGCAUCCUGCUUCUGCAAUUUCUAGAGAGUGCUGGGGUGGGGGGCAGAUAAAAAUCCCCACCUACUCAUCAGUGUUUGAGGAUUGGAGCGAAACAGCUUUUUCUUUCCUGACCAGGCGCUGAAUAAGCAACAAUGUAUCUUUUCUGUGUUCAAAAUAAAUAUGUCGUAUCAGUAAAAAUAUAGCGAGAAGUAACACUUUCAAAAAGUGCAUGGGGUUUCAUACCUUCUGAAACUUGUAAGGAAAGGAAAUACCCACAGCAAACUGAAAAUGUGCCUCCAGCUAGCAACCCCGACUGGGGGGGCUCAUGAUUAGGUAUGAUUGAAGCCUUGUCAUGUUCCUGUUGAGAUGGAUGUUUGGGUAGUCAGUGACUUACAGGAGUUCUUUUUAUUUAUUUAUUUUUUUCUUA